AUGGAUCCACCAGUGAACCCACUACCCUCGACUUCCACAUCUUCCCUCGAACUGCUGUGUUUGCAAACUGAGGGGUUGGCCCCUAGCCAGGCUAGAAGCUCUGCAGUGACGCCGGGAGGCUCAGCCUGGCGCUACCGCUACCGGAGGGCCAAGUCCUCAGUGCGCAGCGCUCCUGCCUGCAGACAGUGCCGCUCCCUCCCGCUAGGAGGCCCCCUGGCUUUGCCAACACCUGACCGUCCUGGUCCUCGGGAGUCAGCCCGAACACAAGACUUUCUUCCCAAACUGCAGAACCCUUCUGGCUAUAAGGACAGAGUCGUGCUGGAACAGGAAGUUGGACAGACCUGGAGGUGCACGCACCCUCCCAAGGACGCAGAGAGCGAGACACAGACAGAAGAAUUAGCGAGAACAUCACGAGUCCUUCCCGGGUCUCUGCUGGAAGACUCGGCCUUCCUACCCAGCUGGCUCCUUCCUGACUCAGUGGGCCCAUCUGUAAACGCAAAUCGUUUCCCCACCUGCCUCCCCCGGCUGCUGUCAACAUUAGGUGAGAAGGCGAAUGAUAAAAUGGCGGAGGUGGAGAUGCCUGGGGGAGCAGAAGCUGCGCACGCUUGCGAGGCUGCUCUGACGUCUCGGAUGUGCGCCGCCCCGGCCAGACGUCUGGGGACACCUCUGAUCGUCCUUGUGACCCCAGUGCGUAUCUUGACUGUCUCUAAACAAGUCGAGUUCGAUUUAAGGCAAGGAGACGCAUGAGGGGGGAGGCGGUGGGGCGGGCAGCAUUGCUCCCCCUGCCACGGCGUGGCCUCACUGUAGCCCCCACCACCCCGGUCUCCCCGCUUCUCCAGCCUUCGAGCCUGAGCCGUGCAGAGCGGGGCUGGGAAGCGCAUGGUAGAUGAUCGUAUCUGAAAUCAUCACAUAAAAUGUUAUUAUAACUAUUUUCCAUUUAAAAUAAAAUGGAUGAAUAUUUAGCAACAGAGAUGGAGAUGGACACCCUCCCUUGGGCUCUGUGUCAGACAGUCACGCUUCACCUGCGGUCCCCGGGGAGCCCCCACGCAGGGGCACAGAGAGGGACGCCCGCGGUGGGCUGCUCUCGGCGGACUGCGCAGCGUGGCCGCUCAUGGGUUCGUGGGCCACGGCAUCCCAGCUGCGGGAACAUCCCUCUCGCGAGGGGGCUCUACAGAGCCCCGAGGAGAGGACUGUGGGUGGAAGAUGUUACUCACCAUGCCAACAGGAUCUGGCAACCAGAAACGGUGACACUUCGAGCCCGGGACGAGCUCUGCGCCAGCUAUAGAUAAGUCAGCAAAACAGCCGGUAAAGUCAGAGAGACUCCAACUGGGUUUGACAAGAAGAAAUUGGGCCAGCAGAUUCGACGUUAUUAGGAAGGCUGCACGAGAUACAGAUUUACAGGCCCUGUUCCUUCUGAAAAGGAAUCGUGCUGCGGGAGGUUUACACAGAACAGCACCGUGCACCCACCUCAACGACCUGCAGACGUGUUUUGGCGAAAGUUGCCUGUGUCAUCACCUCCGUGACCAAGAUGCAUUAUGGUUUCUUCACCCCAAAAGCUUCUCUUCUGCUUCCUCUCCCCACUUUUAGCCCUGGGCAAAUACUGCUCUGCUUCUGUUACUGUAGAUGGAUUUCGCACAAACGGAACCACACGGUUUAUCUUCAUUAGUGUCUGGCUGCUUUUUCUCGGCAUAAGGAUUUUGAGACUCGUUUAUGUUGUGUGUAUAAGAAGAUAAAUUCUUUCCUGUUACUAGGAACUGUUCCAGUGUUUGGCUAAGCCACAGUUACUCAUCUACCCAUCUGUUGAUGGAAAUUUGGGUU